CUAUGCUAGCAAACUUGGCAAACGUCACCAGGAAAAUGUUUAUUCAUGCGCUAUUUGAAGGCAACGUUUGGCGAUUUUGAGGCUAGUUUACAGUGCAGCAAUUGUUUCCUGAAAAUCUGCCUUUAUUGCAAAGUAACUGCCUUAAAAUAUGCCGUUCCGCCCCAUUGAUCGAUCGUACCUAGGUAGCUAACGUCAGCAAGUUGCAUUCCUGGUGCCUGAUGGGGAAAAAGCAGACCUGUGAUGCGGUGGAUUACUUAACUUAAUAGUGUAAAACCGUUAACAAUAAAUACUCUUCGUUCUGAAGUCAUUUCAUUUCGAAGUUUAAUCAAAGCCGACUGCGUUCAUACUUUGUUUUUUGUGGUACUUGCUUCCAAAUAUAAGUUAAUUCCUGAUUGGGUUUCUUUUCCCCAGGCGGCUAAUCGGUCACCCACACCCACACACACACAACAUCAAGCACGUGCACACGCGCACACAAACACACACACAAGCGCGGCGUCACGUAAUUUAACUAAGUUUCUUCUGUAGAUCCCCGCUAGCGAUGGCGACCACCAUCACAUUUGGAACCACUAGCUCUCCAUGCAACACCGCGGCUGCCGGGAGAGCACUGGUAGAGGAAACUGAUGAAAAAGGAGACAAUGACCCAGAAAAACUUCUCCAGUGCCCUUUCGACAAGAACCACCAAAUCCGUACCUGCCGGUUCCCAUACCAUCUUAUAAAGUGCAGAAAGAAUCAUCCGAAAUUGGCCAGUGAGCUAAAAACUUGCCCUUUUAAUGCACGACACCUGGUCCCCAAGCAUGAGCUGAUGCACCACACCGAAACCUGUGUGGACCGGAUAUCUGUGGACACGGAAGACGGGGGAAGCACGGAUAACGAUUGUAACUGGCAGGUGCCACUCAGUACUUGGGUGAACCCGGACAUGUCUGAGGAUUGGGACAAAGAGGCUGAUAAUGCUGCCCCUCCAUUUGUGUGGGGAGAAACCACCUUUAAUAACCAAAAACCGGAGGCGAGGCCCACCAACAACCUCGGUUCAAGUUUUAGAACUCCUAAUACCCUCCCAUGGUCUGGUUAUAAGCCAUAACGUACAUGCCAUU